AUGUCCAUCCCGGCCUCGAAACCGAAGCUGCCCGUGGCGGUCGAGAAGCCGACGCCGUACACGUUUGACCUCGGCUACCUGAUGGCCGAGGACCCGAACAGCAUCACGCUGGACGCUGCAGCGCUCGAGCAGUCGCUAGCCAGCGUAGCGCGCGACGGGGCGCAGUCGCUCAUCAACCAGCUGCUGACGGUGUGCGCGCCGCACUCGACCAAGGACGGGGUGCUGCUGUCGCUGCCGGCGCCGUCGACGCGGCUGCCGCGGGAGAAGCCGGUGCCGCAGGCGCGCCCGCCGACCAAGUGGGAGCGCUUCGCCGCCAAGAAGGGCAUCACGCCCAAGACGCGCGAGCAGCGCCGCAACCUCACCUACGACGAGGCCACCGGCGAGUGGACGCGCAAGUGGGGGUACAAGGGCGCCAACAAGAAGGGCGAGGACGAGUGGCUCGUCGAGGUCGACCCCGAGGCCGAGGCCCGCCGCAAGGACGGCACCAGCGUCCGCGCCGACGGCCGCCGCGAGCGCAAAGAGAGGGUCCGCCGCAACGACCGCAAGAUGCGCAAGAAUGCGCGCGACGCCGCCGAGGACGCCAAGCUCAAGAAGUAG